AAGGCAGCAUUGGAGGGAGGAGGAGCAGGCGCCGAACUAGCUGCAUGAACACACUGAGCACACCCUGCUAGGGAGCUAGUCAGUGUUAACAGACAGAAAAAUGUCGGGGAAGAGUUUUCGAGUCAGCGACGGGGACUGGAUUUGUCCGGAUAAAAAGUGUGGAAACGUGAACUUUGCCAGAAGAACUAGUUGUAACAGAUGUGGCAGGGAGAAAACCACAGAGGCAAAGAUGAUGAAAGCAGGAGGAACAGAGAUCGGGAAAACUCUGGCUGAGAAGAGUAGAGGCCUCUUUAGUGCAAAUGACUGGCAAUGCAAAACAUGUGGCAAUGUGAAUUGGGCAAGGAGAUCAGAGUGCAACAUGUGUAACACACCGAAAUAUGCCAAGCUUGAAGAGAGAACAGGUUAUGGUGGAGGUUUCAAUGAAAGGGAGAACGUGGAAUACAUUGAACGGGAAGAAUCUGAUGGCGAAUAUGAUGAGUUCGGAAGGAAAAAGAAAAAGUACCGCGGGAAGACCAGUAGCACGUCUUCCUCAAAAGACGGUGAAAAGAAAGAAGUAGCAGCAAAAGCUGAAGAUGACGAGGAGGAAGAUGAGGAGGAUGAUGAAGAGGGUGACCUUUCCAAAUACAAGUUGGAUGAUGAUGAUGAAGAUGAAGACGGAGACCUGUCGAAGUACGACCUGGACGCCAGUGAGGAUGAUGAUGACAAGCCAGCCAAGAAAAAGGGCAGCCGCUCUGGCUCUUCCCGUUCCCGCUCGUCCUCGCGCUCCUCCAGCUCCAGUUCUCGGUCGAGGUCCAGGUCCCGCUCUAGAAGCUCAUCCAGUUCCAGAUCUGGAUCUCGCUCGAGGUCCCAUUCCAGAUCCAGCUCCAGGUCUGGAAAGGGCUCCUCUCCCCGGAAGAGGUCCCGCUCACCCUCCUCCUCACCUGAGAGGAGACAGAAGCGCAGUCGCUCCAGGUCCUCAUCUGGAGGGAGAAAGAGGAGGCGUUCUAGAUCACGUUCGUCCGAAAGGUGCCGCGGCCAGUCCUCUGGAUCCUCCCAUUCUGGCUCCAGUUCAAAAAAGAAAUAACUUUAUUACAGCCUUUAAAACACAAAAAAGAACCUUAGUACAAAGUGCAUGUUGUGUUGCAAAGAAUACAACCACAUCCUUUCAGUAUGCUGUUCAUAUUCAUAGACAAAGAAAAGACAGUGGCAACAUGAAUUCUCUCUGCCAUUAUCAUCACAUGCUCCCUUUUUAAAACCAACAAUAAACAUAAAUGUUUGGUCCUGUUAGAAAAUCAGAUAUACUCUGAAGAAGCUGUAUCCCAUUUAAGCCCAAUCUGCUGAAUAUCCUCAUGGCAGUUAUGUUUUAUUCUAUUCAUCUGUGGAGGAAUUUAAGUAAACAUUUUGGAUUACUUUUUUUUUAAUGGCCCUGGUCCAUUUCUAAAUAAAUACAUAAUACAUUUUUGAAACAAAAUGUGAAUUUAAGGUACCAGAGAUGUAGCAAAGAAUUUUGGCCUGUUUGUCUUAUUUUCUUGACAUUUUUUUUCUUUUGAGUUUCCAAGGUAAGUAUUUUAUUUUUUGAUAAUGCUUGUUUUAAGUAAAUGGGAGUAAGUUCAGCAUUCUUUUGGUUUAGGUUCAAGUGUUUUUUUGUUUUUUGUUUUUUUUUUCUCUCUCUCUCUACACUGAAAAGUUAUUCCGCUUCAUUUGUCACCUGGGCAAUUAAUGAAUUCUAGCAAUGCUCCAGAUUCGUCCACCAAGAUUAAACAUCACACAGUAUGUCCCAAUUCAUGGUAAAAUGUUGCAAUACAGUCUUUCUAUUGGUAAAAGAUUUCAAAUGUACACGUGUAAAUAAAAUCCUGUCGACAUUG